AUGAAGGCAAUGGCGGCUCAUCAUGAGCCUCCGCCAGCAGUCCUUCACAGGUUGGCUGUGGCUGUCAUGCUUCUGCUGGAGGCCCCGCUGCUUGCAGAACUGGGAGAGCAUCCAUUUCCUUGGCGUGUACCGUGGAGGAAUUUGCAGGUCCUGCUUCGCAAGCCAUGCCAGGAAACUGCGAGCAGUGCUGGAUCUUCGCAUGCGCCCAUGGCUUCGAUAGUGGGAGCCUUGCAGAAGCAGCCAUUUGGAGAAGGUUUGGCUAGGCACGUCCAACACAUCCUUGCCAAUGAUGUUCCCCUGGCACGGCAAGAAAUACUGGAGGCAGACAGGCAGUGUGUAUGCCUCUACGAUUGGGUGUACGGUUUGAUUACGCCCUUACUCAACCGUCCUCUGAGAGAGGGUGCGCAAGCAGAUGUAGCCAAUGCAGCUGAUGCAGCUGAAGUGCAAGAAGAACGCGAUCGGGCAGUGGUUGCUGUGGCGGAGCAAGAGAAGGAGGUGGCCCGGUUACGCCGCAAGCUGCGUGAGGCUGUGCGAUCAGAGCAGGCAGGGGCAGAUUUUGCCGCGGCACAUUUGCCAACUGUGACAGCUUCUGAAACGUCAGACGUGAGGAAUGGGAGUGCUACUGGCAAAGAGCCAGAGCCUAUUGCAGCGAAGUACGAGGUAACAGGGCAAAAAUCUCUUCAGUAUCGCUUGGAAGAGGUGAACGUGCCCACAAUGCAGGAGGCAGUGUUGCACUCCCUGGUCAAAACACUUAUGGAGCCACGUGCAAGUUCCAAGGGACACGUUCAAAUCAUAGGUCAUUCAGAGGAUCGCGAGGCUCCAGAGACGGCGAAGGAGAGGGCAGAAGCUGCGCAAGAAUGGCUUUUGGACCAUGGUGUUCCUGCUGAGCGCCUCUCGCUGCGGUGGGAAGUAGGUGGUCCGGCCAUUUGUCGAAGAACAGAUCUACGGCUGCUCGAGGAGCCAGGAGCAGAUCAGGCCAUGCGCCGGAGAGCGACAGAGCUCAUGAAACGAAUUUUUACUUCGGAGAAGGGGAAGGAACUUGCACCAACAUCUCUUGAAGCUGACCUGAGUAAGGUGCCUGCAAGAACGGAUGAGGUGAACUUGCGACCGGAGCAAUGUCGAGCGGAUGCGGUGAUGUCGCAACCGAGCUUUCAACUGGAUGAACUCUUGGACUCUGCUACACAAUGUCGUCAGCUUCGGCUGGUUUUCCAGAAGGAAACGCUGACGCCAGCGGAUGCUGUAUUGGAGGUUGGCCCUCGUACUGUGCGCUUGGGCAGCUUAUCUGCGGCAUGGAUGGAUUUGGAGGUGCCGCUUCCUUUCGAAGUCCAAUCAGACGAGCAACCUGCCGCGAAGUUCUCAAGAAGAGCAGGUACGUUGACGGUGUUGCUGACAGCUGUCGAAGCGUAA